CCAGAGUGGGUGUGACUUUAUUUGCACGAAAGGAAGUGAAAAUGAAAACAGAUAAAAGGAGAGAGCGAGCUGCGUUGAGAGAACUAAGAAAGAGACUCCACCAAGGAGACAAACUGACAUCAUGACUGUAGCAAUGCGUUUUCACACUCCAGUGCUAAAAUGUGGCUGUCACUGACAGAAAGGCGAGAGUGUGAGAUGGGAAGAGACCUACAGGGACUGAGAAUAGCAUUUCUUUAGUUUUAUCUGUUUCUUUUGUUCUUUUUUUUUUUUUUUCGCAGACUUUAGGCUGUUAACGGGAUCGUAGGAACUGUGCUGUGUACUCUGUGCUGAGGAGAGUCCCUGUUCAGGUGUGUGGUGACACUUCCUAUCCUCUAUCAACAGACCCAGCUAGACUGCCGAGGAUCUGGCCAGCUCUGAAACCAUGGAGGACAAAAACAGAGUUUGUCAUGUUAUGGAAGAGAGCGAGGUGGAUGUUCAAAUCAGACAAGCCAAAGCUCAGCCACAAGUCAGCAGCAACAGACCCAACUGGUCAAACGGCCAGUGUGUUCUGUCAGUGCCGAGCUGUUCAACGUUAAACCCCAGUUUUGAUCUGUCUCUGUGCCGUGCCAAACUGGAGAACGAUGGCUUCCAGAUUCCAGUCACAGACAUGGAGGCUCCACUGAGAACAGCUCUGGACGUUCCUUCAGUCAGAAGAUACAUGGUUUUUAACUCGGCUCUCUUCCAUUUCAUAAUGGCACCGUUGCUGUAUGUGGUGGUGUGGUGUGCCGUGUUCUCCACCCUCCACCUCUACAUCACUGUCAAUGACUACUGGGUCCUCUGCCUCUCUGUCAGCCUGGUCUCCAUCUUCCUCACCACUGCCAUCAUCUUCGUCCUCCACCACAGUAACAAGGAGAUCAACAUGAACUUGGACGUUCGGUUAAUCCAGGUGAACGAGAGGAUGGUGAAGCACAAGCUGCUGGUGGCCGUGGCCGACUGGGUGCAGAACUGCACUGGAAACAUGCAGUUGUACUUUGUGUAUUGGGACAUGUCACGAUGUCUGAGGGCACUGACUGAAACUUUAGAGGAGUGCAGCUUUGUGGUGAAUGACACCCAGCAGAAAAAAAUGAGAGGGAAGAUGUCCCAUCUCGUGCUUGUGACCGAGGUCACGGCUGUUGACCCCGAGGUCGGCGGCCCGGAUGCGGAGCAGGGCUCAGAUGAACAGAGGCCCCUGCUCAGACAUGAGAACACAGGCUGCGGUACCUCAGCCAGCCGGCGGGAGGACACCAAAGUCACCACCAGCUACAGCCUCAUCCCUGAUGUAUCCUUACCUGCUCAGGCUAAAGCCUACCAGCUUCUGAUGACCUACAGUGCAGCCUAUGUGAAGCUGCUGGUGUCUGAGAGGCUGUCAGGCCCGUCACACCACCGCCUACGACCCCGGAGGAAUCACUGCACCACCGCCCCUCUCUGCCUCUGCCAGUACAUCAAAAAGAAGAUCCUUCGAUAACAGAGCUGACCCCUGGCAAACCGGGAACCUGGUACACGGAGCUGGUGGUCUACUUGGUCAUUAAAAAGACUUUUGACUGUUGAACAGACAUCCGACAUUUGGGAGCACUGCCUCGGGAGCAAACGUGGAUUAAAAACAUUUUGAUACAAUGAAGGACCUGUUUGGAGCUUCACACUCAUGAUUUCUCUGUUUUGAAGCCUGUUUCUCCGGGCUUUUGGGAUACUGUACCUCUGCUGCUGUUUUGACGACAGCUCUGUGUUUGCACCACCUGGAUAUUUGUCCAUUUGAACGCUGCCAAAUGCUGUCACACUGGGACCACAGGUCCAUCCAGCUGCUGUAAACCCAUAUUUGUACUCUUGUAUACAUGGCAAUCAAGGGACUAGGUACUACUAUCGUUUAAAUUAUUUUCAUAAAUAAUAAAUAGAUUCUUGUGAUCUUCAAUAGAUUCUACAGUAUUUGUCUUUGUGACUUACUUGGAGGCAGUGGUGGAAAAUAAGUAUAUUUAUACAAGGAAAGUACUUAUGCACAAUUUAUGAGGUAUUUGUACCUUAACUGCAUAUUUCCAUUUUAUGCUCCUUUAUACUUCUAUUCUUCCACAUUUCAGAGUAAAAUAUUGUACUUUUUACUCCACAACAUCUAUCUGGUAACUUUAGUCACAAGGUACUUAACAAGUAAUUUCAUAAAAUACAAAUACAA